UAGUUGACACUUUCACGAUUUUUGGUCCCGCACUGCCCCGCAUUGAAUGCGUGCCAGUGCGUGACAGUGCGUGCCACUUCAGUGACACGCACUGUCAUGCAUAGUUCCCGCAUUGUUCACGCAUUGUUCACGCAUAGUUCACGAAUAGUUCACGCAUAGUUCACGACUAAUCACAACUAGUUUGCGCAUUGUGUUAACUAUCACAAAAAACAAGACAGACGUCUAUUCGCUCUCGUGUUUUUCAUUAAUUCAGCAUAACUAUCGUCAUUAAGAUGUUGAAUUCUGAAGAAGCUAAUUUAGAACAGAGAAGGUGUUUAUAUGUAGCUGCAGGAGCAUUAAUAGUUUAUCAACAAGAAAGAGAUCUUGAAGAAAGACGAGAAGAGGAGAAAAAAGGAAAAAGAAAAAGGAGGACAUUGUGGGUGAGAGAUUGGCUGUCAAGACGCCACAUCCACGGACAUUUUGAUCAUUUACUGGCAGAGCUGCAUAGGGAGGAUCAAAAGAGCUAUAAGAAUUUCUUGAGAAUCACUCCUGAUCUGUUUGAGGAAAUGGUUGGAAAGCUAACGCCUCAUCUGGAGAAGAAAACAACGUUUAUGCGAGAACCACUAGAAGUUGGACUGAAACUAGCCGUCACUCUCCGUUUCUUGGCAACAGGAAAUUCAUAUGCUACAUUACAGUACAGCUUUCGAGUUGAGAAAAGCACCAUAUCGAGAUUUAUUCCCGAAGUAUGUAAUGCACUCAUUGAAGUGUAUAAAAAGGAAGUACUCAGCUGUCCAAAAACUGAAGAUGGGUGGAAGGAUGUGGCCAAGAAGUUCAGUUCCAGAUGGAACUAUCAUAAUUGCCUUGGUGCCGUCGAUGGCAAACACGUGGCAAUCAGGAAGCCGCCAAAGUCUGGGUCCUUGUACUUUAACUAUAAAGGUUUCCAUAGUAUUGUUCUCAUGGCUGUAGCAGAUGCAGAAUAUAAGUUUCUGUAUGUGGAUGUUGGAGCAGAGGGUGGCUCUUCAGAUGGUGGAACUUGGAAAAACUGCAACUUGUAUGAUGCCAUAGAAGGGGAAAGAGCAGGGGUGCCGCCACCGGAACCAAUGCCCAAUGAUGACAUGCCCAUACCUUUCCAAUUUGUGGCUGACGAUGCAUUUGCGAUGAAGCCCUGGCUAAUGAAGCCCUUCUCACAUAGGUCCCAAGUUCAUGAGGAGAUCAUCUUCAGUUAUAGACUAAGCCGAGCUAGGCGAGUAGUGGAAAACUCGUUUGGUAUUUUGGCUCACAGGUUCAGAUGUUUCCUGACUACACUUCCGCAGAAGCCCCAAACUACCAACUUAAUCAUCAUGAGUGCCUGCGUCCUACAUAAUCUGAUAUUAACCAGGUACCCACUGGAAUCAGGAGAUGUAGACCAUGAAGAUCCAUCUACGCAUGCGAUGAUACCUGGUGCAUGGAGAGACGACCCUGUGUUUCAAGGUCUGAGAGCUCCGACAGGAAACACUUCUAUCAAGGGAGCUAAGAGCCAACGUGCAUAUCUAUCACAUUAUUACACCUCCCGCGCUGGAGCAGUUUCCUGGCAAGAAAAGAUGAUAACCUAAGCAGAUUAACUAUGACAUUAUUGUGAUGCAGUAUAGCACUAGCUCAAUUCCACAAAAAAUGCCAAUGACACUGACACAAAUGACAUUUUAUUUCUUGAAUGGUUAUGUAUUUCAACAAGGCCCGACAUCGUUCCAAUAUCAACCGUCUGUUGUACAUCUGAUUUUAAACUUAGGAUAUGAGAUCAGUGUUUAUAAUGUGUUUGUCUUUAUGUACACAAAAAUUCUACAGUGUAUCAGCAAUUAAUGUUGUCAGGAAAUUAAGGGGUUUUGGUAAGCUUUGUUGUUGAACUUAAACGUGAUGCAGUUGGUGUCGGGGCAUAUGUAGAAAUUUCGUAUUUCUAGUAAGCUUGCACAAACCCCACUCCUCACACGCACACACACACACACACACACGAACGCACAUUUAAAGACUGGGUCCGCACCAGAAAAAAAUCUUGUAUUGAUUAAAAGCAGAUAAAUCAGACGAAAAACAAAACAAUUAAAACAAAAGCAAAAACGUUGAAGUAAAUCGGACAAUAAAUAAGAAAGUUAUGAAUAUAACGCAAAAGUUAUUUAUCAUGCUAACUGGCAACGCUGGGUCACGUGGCAUGAAGUAUGCCAUGCACUUCUCUGCAACCCUUUAACGCAAGAAGAACAGUUUGGUUUUUUGGGGGGUCGAUAUAAACACGGGUACAGAUACAUUUAUUGAUUCAACCUUUUGAAUGUUUUGAAAAAUAACCACUCAUGGAUUAAAACGGAUUCUUACAAACAAAAAGUUAUAAUAAGCUAUAGCAGACAGGAAGUGCAUGACAUACGUCAUGACACGUGACCAAGAGUCACGUGUUAAGGCUGUGUCACACCUUUGCGUUUUUAGCCUGCGUCGGCCCAGCGUUUUUGAAAAUUAAAAACGCUUCCUGAACGCGGAUCAGACGGUAGACUGACGUUGGAGACGUUCAGCUUGCGCUUUAUUAAUGAAUUAUUGUAUCCAUUCAUCAAUCAUAUUUUACACAAAACAUCUGUGAGAGAUAGGAAAAACUGGGAAAUUGAAUAUCAUUUAUUGAUACGAUCAUGCUUUUACAUCGUUUAAGAAGAUGCUAUUAACAUAUGUAUAUAUGUAAUAGUCAAACAGUUGACGGUGUUAUCUCGUAUGAAUAGGUGCACUUGAACGAAUUGUGCGGAAACUUAACAAUCAUUUUUGAAAUCCAAUGAAAAAUAUCAAGUGCUUAUAGUUAUCCAUUUUAUUAAAGGCCUUGAUAUUCACCUAUCUUUGCAGUCUUUGAUUAGCCUUUGAUUUGUCAAUAUGUUACUCUUAAUAUAAACAACUUUACAUGUUUUGUUUUUUGUGUGUAAUAAGAGACUUGUAAUCAGAAGCAAUCAGAAUGCACGAAUUGCGUGUUUUUUAAUAAAAGAAACAUAACCGAGUAGAAAACUUAGGCAUUCAGGAUAUGCUCACAUAAAUGCAAUUUAAAUAACGUGUGAUGAAGAAAAGGAAAUAAGUCUGCAGGAUAACGUUUAGUUUCAUGGUGACUGACAACUGAAUCUCCAAUUUGAACUACCUUAUAGACAUGUUAUAAUUACCAAGAUUUCUCAAUGAUAUUUUGAACACUUUAAAGUUGUAACAAGUGAGUAACAUGAACUAAUCAACUACUAGAACAAAUGUAAAAACGUAGGAACCAAAAAGAUGCAUUAACUUUAAUCUUCCACUCAGUAAACCUUUCAUUUUGUUUCUUGAUAAAAGCAUCAUGUAUGAGUAUAUGUCAAAAUGUCUAAAUCGAGAAUAUCCAUCGAAGCUCUCCCUGGAACUCAGAACAUUCAAAAAUCUGGAAUAUAUUUUCCGACUUUGAUCAAACUGUCACAUUUUACCCUUGCUCUUCAGUGUGUAGUUCUGGUUUACGUUUCAGAAAAUAUUAUACCUCUGUUCCAAAUGUAUAAAUAAAUGGUUUUCUUGCCGAGUGGGUUUUUAAUAAAAUUCCUUGCAAAGGCAACAACAAA